GUGUGAGCUGGCUAACGACAGCGAGCUAAGACUUCGAAGUCAGUUGAGGGUUCUAUGGUAAAUUUCUCUGUCUCAUGUCAUUAGCUUAAUAGUAAAUAAUUCUUAACGUAACAUAGAGAAAAAUAGUUGUAUUAGUUAAUUUCACAAGUUAUUUGGAUGCGUUGUACCUCCUAUCCUUGCCAGACGAAUCCAUGCUAGCUCAUGAAGAGAUGUCAGGAGAGAGUGUUGUGAGCUCGGCAGUGCCGGCAGCUACAACUCGGACGACUUCCUUCAAAGGUUCGAGCCCAAGUUCUAAGUAUGUUAAGUUGAACGUGGGUGGCGCGCUCUACUAUACUACAAUGCAGACGCUGACCAAACAGGAUACAAUGCUCAAAGCUAUGUUCAGUGGCAGGAUGGAGGUUCUGACAGACAGUGAAGGCUGGAUCUUAAUCGAUCGCUGUGGGAAACACUUUGGAACAAUCCUGAACUAUCUUCGAGAUGGGGCAGUGCCUCUUCCAGACAGCCGUCGUGAGACUGAGGAGCUCCUAGCUGAGGCCAAGUAUUACCUGGUCCAAGGGCUGGCUGACGAGUGCACAGCUGCUUUGCAGAACAAAGACACAUAUGAACCAUUUUGCAAAGUCCCUUUAGUGACAUCAUCAAAGGAGGAGCAGAGGCUAAUUGCAACUUCAAAUAAGCCAACAGUCAAACUUCUUUAUAACAGAAGCAACAACAAGUACUCAUACACCAGCAAUUCUGAUGACAAUAUGCUGAAAAACAUUGAGCUAUUUGACAAGCUGUCACUACGAUUCAAUGGUCGUGUACUCUUCAUCAAAGAUGUGAUUGGGGAUGAAAUCUGCUGUUGGUCAUUUUAUGGCCAGGGCCGCAAGAUUGCUGAAGUUUGCUGUACCUCCAUUGUAUAUGCCACUGAGAAGAAGCAGACUAAGGUGGAGUUUCCGGAGGCACGAAUAUAUGAGGAGACCCUCAACAUCCUCCUGUAUGAGUCCCAGGAUGGAAGAGGUCCAGACAAUGCCCUGCUUGAGGCCACAGGAGGUGCUGCAGGACGUUCCCAUCACCUGGAUGAGGAUGAGGAGCGGGAGCGCAUUGAACGAGUUCGUAGAAUUCACAUCAAACGACCUGAUGACCGUACACACCACCAUCAGUGACCUUCCUCAAUUCCCACUGAGUAGCCCCAACCAAGCCCAGUAUAUCAGACCCUGGACAGUUUUUGGACCACGCUUGUGCCUUACAACACCCAGCGCCUCUCUCUUUCACUUCUCAUCUGCCACCUUGCCAGCUCUCUUCAUAAGUCUAUCACCGAAGGGAAAGUGUCACUCAGUAGUUUGAAGUGGUGACGCAUGUGUGUGUUUUGUUUUUGUUUGUUGUGCUCCUAUUUGUCAGCAUUGUUAUGUGUGCUCUGAAAGGCCUUAGUGUUUCACUCUGUAUAUGUUAGUCAAAACUGUUUCUAUUGGUGUUAUCUGUUAGCAUGUAGAAGUAUUGAAGGCUGUGGCCUUUGAUGCUUGGAUGUGGCACUGUAGGGGACAUUAUCUGCUCUCUGCGGGUGAAUGUGAUGUAAUUGGCAGGAAGUGGUAAGAAUUUUCUGAUGUCAGUAUCUUGUUUUGUUUUGUGUUUUGUUUUUUGCGGUCCUUAUUACAUUACAGCAUGGAGAGCAAGUAUUAUGAUUUAAGCAGCUGUUGCUAUUUAUAUUUUUCUUGUUAUGCUUCUGAUGGGUCUGUUGACUUUUGUCAAAGGUGAGCGAACUAGGUGUUGUACAAGAUAUGGCUGUUUGGUGACAUUGUUUUAUUUGUACAAAAAUGUCAAACAAAGGGAUGUAGAAGCCCACCGAUUUUGGCAAUUAAAGCUUUUUAGAUUUCUUUUGAUAAUUAUUUUACAAUUCCAAUAUCAUGGGUGGAUGCCACAUUUCAGAAGUGCCUCCGCAAUACCCAUUGUUAAGUUUUACCAAUAAUCCCAUGUCCCUUCAUUCCACAAAAGCGACCAUUUUAAAAGAAAGGGUCUUGAGCUGUGACCUGAGGUGUUAAAUGUACUGGGGUAAUUGAAUGAUGAAUGCUAAGGUUAAAAUGAAUGAGUGUAACCUGAGACCUCCCUGGUAGGAAAGGAACCCUGUCUUGUACAAGCUUUUAACAGGAAGAGAAAUUAGACCUGUCCUUCAUCAUCACAUUCAUCAAAGAAUGUACGGUUUGCACAGAAAUAUGUUUAAAUAGGUCUCUUAACAAUCAGUACUUGUAGCUCUGUUGUACAGAUGUGAAUGUGUAUGUUUUACAAAUAUUUAUACAUACUUUAUCACCAAUAAAUUUCUACAGAUAUAUUGUCUUCAUCUUUUUAAUGUUUAUUUUGUCAUUAUUAGCAAACAAAUGUAUCUUAAAUAUGGCUUCAUUUUUCUGAAAUCAAUAAUGGAGUUAAAUAACAUUUGUUUUUGUAAUAUUGAUUGCCCUCUUAAACAUUAAAGCCACAAUCCUCAAGAUUUA